UGUCCCCAUGUCCCCAGUGUCCCCACGUCCCCGGUGUCCCCUCUCCAGCCGGGCAGGGUCCCGAGCCCAGCCUGGGCUGGCCCUGCCCUCGGGAUGUCACCCGCUGUCCCCAAGGCGCUGGCAGGACCCGGCCGUGUGUCCCCCCCCCUCCCCCGCGGUGUCACCCGCCUGGGGACAGGCUGGUGCCACCUCAGCAGCCAGAGCCUUCCCGCUUUGUGUCCCCAACAAUGGCAGCGCCCACGUGCCGGGGGCCCUGUCCCCUCCCGGGGGACAGCGGGACACGGGGACAGCGGGACAAGGGGACAGCGGGACAAGGGGACAGCGGCACCGCGGCUGCUGACGGCGGGAUGUCGCCGGGGGCGCUGCUGUGCGGGGCCAGCGGCCUGGCGCUGCUGGUGGCCGCCACCGCCACCCCGUUCUGGCUGCAGCGCCGGGCACCGGGGGGCACCGCCAGCCUGGGGCUGUGGCACGGCUGCCUCGGGGGACAGUGCCACCCGCACGCCACCGCCCCAGCGCUGCUGGAGGCCACGCGGGCGCUGCUGCUGCUCUCGGUGCUCGCCGCCGCCGCGGGGCUCGCCCUGGGCCUGCCCGGGGGCACCGGCGGGGCCCGGCGGCAGCGACG